GAAUGUCGUCAAAGAACCCCGGUAUUUGCCUUAUGGAAUCACAUCUAGUUUGUGCCUUGAAGCUGUUGCCUUUCCUUGCGAAUUUUGUCUAGCAUUUGUGCCUUGCUUCACACUGACCUUAGCUCUCUUGUCUCUCACUGUUCUCAAUCUAUUCAUCCAGAACAAUGCAUAAACCUCAGUAUACUUCCUGCAUCUAUAUUGGUGGACUUCCCAUCUUACCCCCAUUGAUGACUGCUGAAAUUCGGCAAGAAAUGCAGAAAUAUAAACAGCUGGCUGCUGGAAUCGAGCAAAAAAUAUCUCAAAGAAAGGACUCGUUCACUCAGUCUGAAGCCAUCGAUUCAACAUCUGACCCUGUAACUUCAGUAAUACCCAUUGUUUCAGAUUCUCAGCAAUUUUUUCCUCCAGAAAAUAAUGAAGUUGAUCACCCUAAAGACUCCCCUAAAACAGACAUUGACAACCAGAGUAUUAACGAAAAUGAUAAAAGUCUCAACCGUUCUGUGCGUCGAAACUCAUACACGCUGGAGACUCCAAGUCCUCAGCUCAUGGCUUUGCUGCGAUCAAAUCAAAUUGAAGAUGUGAGCAUCAGUCAAAACUCAAAUUCUGAAUCCUUCACUGAAGUGUCAAAAUUGAGUAAUAGCGCCAAGAAACAGAGGACUUCAUCCGGUCAGUGUUACAAUGCAAACUAUGAUGUUAGUUGUCCAAAUCACAAACCACCUGAGUCAAGCACAGGUGCACUUUCCACAGCUAGCGAUAAUGAAACUAUAUCUUCUGACAUUGAAUCGAUCGUCACUUUGGAUGAAUCUGCCAAACGUGUUGUCGAUUCACGCAGUCAGAUCUCCUGUAACAGUGAAUCUAUUCCUAAUCAGUUAGUCCAUGAUCAACUAUCUCCUUGCCUUGACGAUGAAAGUAGUUUGGACGUCUCGAAAAUCAAAGAUUUAAAACUCUCCUCUAGAGAGAGGUCCUUGAGAAAUACUCCAAAGUCGCGACCAUUUAUCAAAGCCAAGAAGAAAGACAUAAAUAUGGAGCUAAGAAAAGCUUUUCUCAGGAAAACAGGUGUUUCUCGUGAAGGUACCAGUUUAUCUUUGCCGACCAGUCUUCGAUCAAGUCCUGAACCUAAAACCUGGUUCUGCUCAACGGAAAAUAUCUCAAGUUCGCCCUCUCGCAUUCCACUGUCAACGAAGAUUCCACAGCGAUAUCAUAAGCUUUCAGAGCGAUCUCAGUGUUCAUUUAAAAAUACAACAAUCAGAAACCAUCUUAAUGAAGCCAAAAAAGUGAGUCGAAUCAAGCAUGAAAGGUUGUUCUCAUCUUUGAUCGAGGACAAAAUGAACAUCAGUGAUGACUCUAAGUCUAUAUUAAAUCAGUCCAAGCUGCCUGUGUAUAUGCCUUUGCGCCGAAGUAGUCUUGGCUUCGUUCCAUUCAAGCCUGACAUUCCUCCGAAGAAAAAUAAGCCCUCCAGUCUUUGUAGACGUCCACAUUUAAACAGUAAGAAGAGUGAUUUACAGUUGAACAUCAACGAACGAGAAAAUCUGCCAAACUUUGAAACAGAUCAUCAUAGUGACACAAGCAGUUUUGGCUCAAGUAUUUGUACCAAAGAAAUCGUAAUGGAUGAAAACAAGAACAUGCAGUAUGAGCUGCCAAACCUCAAUGAAAGUUUCAAAAAAUCUUUGCAUGUGAGUGAGGAAGAUGUCCCUCUGUCUCCAAUUAAUUCUAACAUUGUUAAUUGUACAACAAACGGAAGAAAUAUCAACAAGUCACAGUCUAGAACAUCACUUCAGAACGUAAAAAAUUUGCAAGAAACAUGCAAUGAAAGUAUCUAUCUACACUUAAGCCCGCCUUGCUCUCAUUCAGAUGUGGAAAGUUUGAUCGAUGAAAGUCCAGUUAUCAAGAGCUCACCAUUUCAAGCCAAUUCAAGCCCAGGAAGGAACAGCAACAUUGCACAAGUUCUUGAUCGCACUCCCCCAACAAAUUUUGCAGAUUUGACAAAUAAUAAUAGGAAAUCUGCCUCUGGUGGUAGCCGAGAGUCUAACAGGUCACGAAAACAGCUGGACUUCAAUCCGAAAAAUGCUAAGACUCUGUCAACUAAUAAUUCCUUAAACAACUCAUUUUGUGAUACGAUAUCAUUGAGUGGCUCGGAAUUCAACGAUGCCUCCGUUUCAUCUUUCAGGGAUAGAGAAAGCAGCAUCCUCAGUGAUGCUGAAGUUUCUGACAAAACUUUGUCAAUUUUACUUCAAGAAUUGCAGACCAAACAUCAGCAACAAAUGGAAUUACUGAAACAGAAACAGAUCGAGGAGCAAAACUUGUUGGAGCAGAAGCAGAAAAAAAUCACGGAAACAAUUCUGCUCAACUUGUCAAACGGACUUAGCUCAUCGUCUACAUCUCCAAAAUCUGCUAAGAGUGAAAAAAGCGCUAAGAUUCCACCCAGCUACGAUGAAAUACCGGUGAAUCGGGGUAUCACUCCUCUACCUUCCUCUGAUUCGGCUAGUAUGACUUUCUUCAGCUCAACGCCUGGUUUCAAACAAACCUCAAAUUCUGGUCUUGCCAUCACUCGUUACUCGCUGCCUCCCAAUAUGUCUAAGAUGGUUCCGAACAAGAUUUGGUUUAUGAACAAUGUUCCAGCCACUAAGUUUUAUCCUAAGAAGAGCUAUAAUGAGCUUGAAAUUAAAGCGGCAACAAUCAUUCAAGCUGGUAUACGAGGAUAUUUUGUUAGAAGACUAAUGAAAACAGAACGUGUUCAACUUUUAAUUGAAAUGAUUCAAAAAUCCAUCAAAUGUGCUCUUGAAAUCCAGCAAGAGCCUUCGCCUACCCUAGCUGAUUAUGAGUUUCAUGCGAGAUUAAUUCAGCAGGUAACAAAAGCUUGCUAUGAAAUUCAUGAAAUAUUCAUCAUCUAUCCCCAAACGGAAAAAUUUGCAAUAAUAGCUGCUGACCGACUGAAGAAGUUUCAGAAACUAAACAACAGCACCCCAACAGUGAAACCUCUCUCUGCUGCAACUAGACGAUCUUUGCAGAGAAAAUUUUCCCAAAGUAGCAACGACAGCUUUGCUCAAGUACCAAAGAAGCCUUACCGAUCACGAUCUCACACUUUCACGUCCUCUAGUUAUCAUGAAGAUCUCCCAAAGAAGAAGAGAUAUGUCCGAUCUGCUACAUCAUUCAAUUUAAAGAAAUCUCAACGAUCAACCCAUGACACGAGAGUGACAAACGAAAUGAAGCGCAGAGUUCCGUGGCGGUAAUAAGCCUCGCAGCAUUAUACCUUCAUCCUACCACAAAUUUUGCAUUUAUUUUUAUAUUUUUACAAUUUUAUUUUCUCAA